AUGAUAACAACUGAAACAAAAAUCUAACCUGUAUCUUAAGAGGUUCUUAAAUAAACAUAAAAUGAAGAGGAAUUUCGUGAUUAUCCAUACAGAUGGUGGAUUGUAGUUCUAUUUUGCUUUCCUAAUAUGAUGAAUGGUAUAGAAUGGAUCACAUUCAGUUCAAUCUCAUCACAAGUAUAAUAAGCAUAUGAUUAAACCUAAUUUGUGGUAACUCUUACUUCACUAGUAUGGAUGAUAAUUUACGUUUUCAUAAAUUUUCCUUCUAAUUAUAUACUCUCAGAUAAAGGAUUGAAAAUAGGAGUUUUCACUGGUAUAUUUUUUACUAUUUUAGGAGCUUGGGUUAGACUGCUUAUAAACGAAAGCUUUGGAUGGGCUAUUUUAGGUUAAAUUUUUGGAGCUAUAGGUCAACCCUUUAUUCUAAAUGCACCAGCAUAGAUAGCAUCUGUAUGGUUUAAACCUAAAUAAAGAUAAAUGGCCACAGCUAUAUUGUCAUUAAUUAAUAUAAUCGGAGUUGGUAUAGGAUUCUUAUUUCCUAGCUUUAUUGUUAGUUCCACUUACUCAAACGAUACUAGGAAUUAGAUUUAUGAUUUAAUGUUAGUAUAAGCAAUUGUUAUCACUGCAUGUUGCAUUCCUUCUGUCAUAUUUUUCAGAGAAAAGCCACCUACACCUCCAAGUCAUGCUGCUAAUACAGAAAAAACCACUUUUAGAGAAUCAAUGCCUAAGCUUAUCAAAGAUAAGGAUUUUUUAUAUUUAUAUAUUUCUUUUGGUUGUAUUUUGGGAAAUUUCAACUCAAUAGCAACACUAAUUAAUUUCUACCUAGAAAAAUUCUCUUACACAACAGAUGAAACAAGCUAUGUUGGAGCCAUUUUCAUAGUUUCAGGUUUAAUUGGUUCAGCUAUUAUCACCUCUAUUGUAGAAAAAAAUCAUAGGUAUAAGUUUGUAAUGAUAGUAACUAGUGUUAUAUCAAUCUUUUGCUAUUCAUUUAUGAUGGGAGUUUUACCAAUUGAAAAUUUUGGGCUUUAGUGUUUUGCAUUCUUUCUUUAUGGAUUUUUUGCAACUCCUUUAAUUCCUAUUUCUCUUGAAUUUGCAUGUGAAAUAACCUUUCCUAUUUCAGAAACUAUCAGUUCUGGAUUAAUUUAUAAAUCAGGAUAAUUAUUUGGAGUUCUUCAUAUUAUUAUUUCAGCUCAAGCAAUAGGUGUUGAUAGCUAAAAUAACGUUUAUAUUUGCUUAGGAAUAGGUCUUAUAAUUCAAAUUAUAGGUUUAAUUUGUAUAGCAUUAGUUAAUGAAAAUUUAAAGAGAAAACAUGAAGAAAAAAAGUAAAGUGAACAAAAAAUAAAACUAACAGAGUAUCCUUAAAGUAUUUAAUUAGUUUAAGAAAAUUCAAGUAAAUAGACAAGUAGUAAUAAUUGA